AGCCAUGCAGAUUUUGUUUACAAUUUCCACAGUAACGUUUAUUCAAUUUUCGUCUUAAUAAUUGUCGAUUUGUUAAGUUUUACCAACUUAAAAGGAUAGAACUAACGCAACUAAAGUGACGUUAUGAAGUGCAUAUGUCAAAUAUGUCGUUGUGGCAAACAUCGCUGUCCACACUACAUGCCAACAAGACCACAAGUUACAAACAAAGGACCAUGUGCUUUAUCAGAAUACCAAGAGGGUUAUAAGACCAGCAAAGGAGAACGUAUUAUUGUCAAUCGUCCUCAGGAUAACCUUAAGCAUGAUGGUGAUGGAGAUUACAUCACUAGCCAUAAGGAGAACUUUCAUGCUCAUGAGCAUCAACCACGCGUUGAUCACCGACCAACCGAGCAAUACGUUAAAAGAGAAGAGCCGAUGGAUCUGAGUACAGAAUAUGGAACAAAAUACUUAAAAGGGAAGGGACAAGUCGCUCCUCUUCCGCAAUAUUUUAAAAAGAAAACUCAACCCUUUGGGAAUGAGGAGGAAUUAAAAGGUAAAUCUGUCACGCACGAAGACUAUGAAAAUAAAGGCCUCAACCCGAGGCCACAUCUUUACAAGUUACGUGAUAAUCACACGCUUUCAAAUGCUCCAAUGGACGAAAAGUCGACGCACCAAGCAGAUUAUCAAGGCCUGUAUGGAGAUAGAUCUCACAUUGUGCCAAGGCGAGCUGAUAACUUGGAUGGAAAAGGACCUGGACAGUUUGAAACAACACAUCAUGAACACUUUGUGAAACAUACUCAGAGACCAAGAUCAUCCAAAGGGUGGAAAACUGAAUAUAUACCUAACAACCAACCGUUUUCUGGACAAUCAAUUGUGCAGACGGACUAUAAGCACCACAAAAAUGCGUCGAAAUCACAUCCUGUCAAAUACGACAACGGCCUGUUUAACUCUGAUCAGCAGUUAGACGAUGAAACCACACAUGGUGCCACAUACAAACACUGGCAGGUGCAAAGAAAUGUGGCUAAACGAGACCAAGACGUAUACAGACCCCCGUCGGCCGCCAUGGAUAUGCAAAAGACAUCAGACGAUUACAAAAAUUUCGGACGGCGUGGCGCGGCAAAAUCAUUACGGCCGAAGACAAAUGUCAAUUUCGGUGAUGAAUUUGACGGCGUGACGUCGUACGCCGACGGUUACGUCAAACAUCAAAUCUCACCACGACAUAAAACUCAGCGCAGUAGAGAUUACUACUCGUCCAAUGUUCCAUUCGACUCGACAACAGAGAGCAAAGAUAACUACAAACAACAAAACGUCGCUCCUGCACAGAUGAUAAAACGGGAACAUGAAAUAUUUGAUACAAAGAAACCAUUUGCCAACAAGACGUCCUACGGAGAGCAGUUUGAAUCAAAGAAAUUACCUGAAUGCCCAAGUUCAAAGAUAGUUAUGAAUAACUUUGCCGGAUAUGAUCUUAUCGAUGACUUUAUCAACGGCCACCGAUUUCUAAUUAAAAAUGGCGAAGUGAGUACAGCAUCGAGCUUUCGUGGAGACACCCCUCCUCUUCCACCAAUCGGAGGUGGAAAAAACACAACAGAAGUUUAUGUCAAAGUGUAAUUUUGUUCACUUGAGUAAUUUGUUGAUAAAAAUUAGCAAAAAUUCAGCAAAAAUAAGUUUAAUCUGCUUUGCAAAACGUCAACAUAGGCUUCUUCCUAAACCAGUUAAUUCGCAUUAUUUUUAGUAGCCUGCUAUAAAUUAUAGAUAUCUUUAAAUUUUUAAACUUAAAAAUUAAAGUCCAGGACUCGUAAAAAUUUUGACUUUUAAGUUUAGCAUAUUUCACCGAUUUUUAAUUGUAAUAUAAAGAAUUUUGUAAUUUUUUUUUACCGCUAUUUCUCCAAAUUAUGUUGAGAUAAUGUCACUAAGUGACACAAAAAUAGAUGUAUUUACCUUAACGUAUUUAAGAAACACUUAAUUGUUAAAAUUACAUCCCGUAAAAUUCUAUCUGGACAAAACUGCUUUCAUGAAAGCAGUUUUGUCCAGAAUUUUAUCCUGUUUUACAAGGUUGUGGGAUACAGUAAAUUAUAAUAUAUAUUCUUUAUUAGUAUAUUUAUGCGUGGAAUUUAUUUAAAGAUUUUUUUGUUUUGUUCUGUUUUUAUUUAGAAACACUUUCUCUAAAAACUAUAUACUUCUCUCCAUUGCAAGGGUAAGAGUAGUUAAUAAUUUUUUUGCCAGCGUCAUCUUCUGGUAAAUAAAACAGCCCUGAGAUGGAGGAUAUUUACAAUUUAUUUCUUAACUCGCACUUAAUUUGUAUUAUUGGUUUGAAUGAAAAAAGAAAAUAAAUUUGUAUAUAACAAAAUAAA